AUGCUAUUGGACUUGAAUACAAAUCACACACGAAUGCACGAUACUCACGUGCAUGAACAUUGCCUUAUGAAGAGUAUACGUGACGAUGGCGCAUUGCACUCAUGGAGCGACUCCUCAAAGGUCUUUUAUCCCAAGUCAUUUUACGCUACCGCUACCAAUAAGAAGAAUAAUAAGUUAGCCAGUGCCAGUAUGAACAAGACGAUUGCAAACAAUAGGACGGUGAGUGAUGAGAGUUAUUUUCACUCUACCAAGCCGUCGUUCGAUGGUUUAGCGAAUGCUGAACGUACUAGAAUACCAACUAAGAGAAAUAGCUUCAAGAGGACCAGAAUACUGAAGGCUCGGGACGAUUCCGAGCUGCUGAACGAAAAUCGCUCAUCUUUGAUGACCCCGUCCUUAAGCUCGGUCAUGUCGCAAGUUAAGAAAACGAAUUCCGCCAAGACGAUAUCGGGCGAAUGCCCCAUACAUGAGGGCCACUUGACACAGAGCAUAAAAAGGAAGUUUUCAGAGGAAACACAAAGUGACUGUUCCUCUUUGAGCUCCUCUAAAGUUCAUCCCCUGACGGAUGAUAUUGCUGAUGCUCCCGAUUUGCAAGCCCCCACGAUCGGCGAUGAGGUGCUGGCCGAGGCGGUGGUGCCCAAGAUGAAAAUAAUAAACAUAAAUGAUCUCGAUUUGUUCGACGACUGGGAGGUCAAGGAUUUAGUCGAUAUCUUUCCUCCCGUAUAUGAACGGCGCCCGCAAUCGUCCUCUGCUAUUUCAUUGGUUUCUGCGUCGUCCGAUGUCAAAUCUCGUCCAACCUCUGUAGACUUCCAAAUCAUUGACAAGAAAGGCGGCGGCGCUUCAAAAAGGAAGAGCAGGAGCAAAUCCACCACAGAGAACAUGAUUUACGAGAAUGACUUGGUAGAAUUAGAACAAUGGCCAUCCGCGUCACCGUCGUCCGAGACCGACGGUUCAACUGCACCUAGCGACUUGCUCUUACCUAACAAAAGAAUAAGACAAAAAAGUUUGAAUACCAAUUUCUUGAAGCUAUAUUCCAUCGAAACAUCAUGUAAAAGGAAGAGUAUCCUACCUGAAGUUGAAGUGGAUGACCAUUUGUUGAAACAACUAACGUAUUCCGAAAUUUGGUCCUUGGAAAUCAAAAAGGAACCCGAUGUCCCUACCAACGAUAUCAAGCUUGCCCUUAUUACUAGGAAAAAAUUAUGGUCUGACAUGGUCCACGAAACAAGAAAUGAUCUUUUUGGUGAUUCUACCCCUUGGAAUUUGCAUUUUGUCGCCACGACAAGCAACACGCAACCCUCACAAGGCCGUGAACCCACAAACGAACAUACAACGGCGGAUUCAAAGAGUUCUUUGGUCCGCGUACACUCAGACGUUAAACCAUGGUUCAACAAUGGCGGCACAAUGCUCAAACCAUGUGGGAAACUAAAUUUAGGCAAACUCACAAAUAAGACUACCGCGCCUACAAGGGAGAUUCAAUAUGUCGUAAAGGGCUGGUGUGAUAGCAGAUUUCUCUGA